AUGGGUCUCAACUUGGAGGAGCUCUAUGGCAAAGAUCUAAGUGAGGACCAGCCUCCACAGGAGUACUCGGAAUACCAGCCAAAGCAAGGUUAUGGAUGGGCAAACACCCUGCCCGAGCGGCAGGGCCUGUAUGACCCAGAAUAUGAGAAGGAUGCUUGCGGUGUAGGCUUCGCAGCUCACAUCAAGGGCAAGCCGAGCCACAAGAUUGUGAGCGAUGCGCGCAAUUUGCUGUGCAAUAUGACACACCGAGGAGCCGUGGGCUCAGACGCACGAGAUGGCGAUGGUGCUGGUGUGAUGACCAGUAUCCCGCACAAGUUCUUCAUCAAGAACUUUGCCCGCGAGGUGGGCGUGGAGCUUCCCCCGCUGGGUCAAUAUGCGGUCGGCAACUUGUUCUUUAAACCCGACCAAGAGGCCCUCAAGGAAUCCACUGCAAGCUUCGAGGAGCUGGCAACAUCCCUGGGGUUGCGCGUCCUGGGAUGGCGUGAAGUGCCGCGGGACUCGACCAUUCUUGGUCCGGCCGCCCUUUCGCGAGAGCCGAUCAUUAUGCAGCCCUUUGUCGUGUUGAAGUCGGCAUACGGCGAGGGCAGCAAGCCCGAAAUCACCGACACCGACAAAUUCGACGAGCGUACUUUUGAGCUCCAGCUGUAUGUUUUGCGGAAGCGUGCCACACAUGUCAUCGGUCUCGGCAACUGGUUCUACCUGUCCUCCCUCAGCAACCGCAACAUUGUCUACAAGGGUCAGUUGUCCCCCGUCCAGGUGUAUCAAUACUACCAUGACCUGGUCAAUGUCGACUACGAGGGUCACUUCGCCCUCGUCCACUCCCGGUUUUCUACCAACACAUUCCCCUCCUGGGACCGUGCCCAGCCCCUGCGGUGGGCUGCUCACAACGGUGAAAUCAACACGUUGCGGGGAAACAAGAACUGGAUGCGUGCGCGUGAGGGAGUUCUUCGGUCGGAGGUUUUCGGCAACGAGCUUGACUUGUUGUAUCCGAUUGUGGAAGAAGGCGGUUCGGACUCGGCGGCUUUCGACAACGUGCUGGAGCUGCUGAUGAUCAACGGCGUCCUGUCUUUGCCCGAAGCGGUGAUGAUCAUGAUUCCCGAGGCCUGGCAGGACAACCCGGCCAUGAAUCCCGCCAAGUCUGCUUUCUACGAGUGGGCCGCCUGCCAGAUGGAGCCCUGGGAUGGCCCUGCUCUUUUCACCUUCUCCGAUGGACGCUACUGUGGUGCCAACCUGGACCGAAACGGUCUGCGUCCGUGCCGUUUCUAUGUCAUGGAUGAUGACCGCAUUGUCUGUGCCUCCGAGGUCGGUGCGAUCGACAUCGACCCCGAGAGAGUCGUUCAAAAGGGCCGUCUGCAACCUGGAAAGAUGCUGUUGGUCGACACGGUGGCCGGCCGGAUCAUUGACGAUACUGAACUGAAGCAGACUGUAGCCAAGCGCCAGGACUUUGCCAGCUGGCUGGACAAGGAACUCCUGAAGCUGCCUGCCAUCAACAAGAAGCUGCUGGAGAGAAAUGUUGACCUUUCCUUUUCUCUUGAUGACAACACCAUUCAGAACGACCCGCGCCUCAGGGCCUUUGGUUACUCUUUCGAGCAGGUCAGCCUGCUGCUUGGUCCUAUGGCGGCGGAUUCCAAGGAAGCUCUUGGUUCCAUGGGCAAUGAUGCGCCCCUGGCUUGUAUUGCCCAGCAGCCUCGCCUGCUCUACGAAUAUUUCCGCCAGCUGUUCGCACAGGUCACCAACCCGCCCAUUGACCCCAUCCGUGAGGCUGUGGUCAUGUCUCUCGAGUGCUACGUCGGUCCUCAAGGUAAUUUGCUCGAGAUGGAAUCCUCGCAAUGCCACCGCUUGCUGUUGCCCUCCCCCAUUUUGAGCAUUCCUGAGUUCAAUGCCUUGAAGAAUAUCAACCGGGCUCACAAGGACUGGACUGUCCGGACUAUCGACAUCACCUUCGAAAAGAAGAAGGGGACCGCAGGCUAUGUCGAAGCUCUCGAUGCCAUCUGCGAUGCCACUACCGAGGCCAUCCAGAACGGUGACAAGGUCAUCAUUCUCUCCGACCGCGCUACUUCGGCGGAGCGCGUUCCUGUCUCUGCACUGCUGGCCACCGGUCUUGUGCACCACCACCUGGUUCGUAACAAGUGGCGUUCGCUCGCUGCUCUGGCAGUCGAAACUGCCGAAGCUCGCGAGGUGCACCACCACUGCGUCUUGCUGGGAUACGGUGCCGACGCCAUUAACCCUUACCUUGCCCUGGAGUGCAUUCUCAAGAUGAACCGGGAGAACCUGAUCCGCAAAAACAUCCCCGACGAGAAGGUCAUUGAAAAUUACAAGGGAUCUUGCGAUGGUGGUAUCCUCAAGGUUAUGAGCAAGAUGGGAAUUUCCACCCUCCAGUCCUACAAGGGUGCUCAGAUUUUCGAAGCCCUUGGUAUCGAUGACAGCGUCAUCGACCGCUGUUUCGCUGGUACUGCGAGCCGCAUCCGGGGUAUUACCUUUGAUUUGAUUGCACAGGAUGCGUUUGCCUUCCACGAGCGCGGAUACCCGUCGCGUUCUAUCGUCGAAGUCCCCGGUCUCCCUGAAUCGGGUGAGUAUCACUGGCGCGACGGCGGAGAGUCCCACGUCAAUGACCCCGUUAGCAUUGCCAACAUGCAGGAUGCUGUUCGGAGCAAGAAUGACAAGUCCUACGAAGCCUACGCCAAGGCCGAGCAUGAGCAAAUCAAGAACUGCACUUUGCGUGGUAUGCUCGACUUCGACUUUGAGCAGCGAACUCCCAUCCCCAUCGACCAGGUCGAGUCAUGGACCGAGAUUGUCCGUCGCUUUGUGACGGGUGCCAUGUCUUACGGAUCAAUCUCCAUGGAAUCUCACUCGACUUUGGCUAUUGCCAUGAACCGUUUGGGCGGCAAGUCCAACACGGGUGAGGGAGGUGAAGAUCCCGAGCGCAGUAAGCGUAUGGAGAAUGGUGACACCAUGCGGUCUGCUAUCAAACAGAUCGCCUCGGGCCGUUUCGGUGUGACGUCCAACUACCUGGCCGAUGCCGAUGAGCUGCAAAUCAAGAUGGCCCAAGGUGCUAAGCCCGGUGAGGGUGGUGAGCUGCCAGGCCACAAGGUGGUUGGUCCCAUUGCUCGCACUCGAUACUCGACUCCCGGUGUCGGUCUCAUCUCUCCGCCUCCGCAUCACGAUAUCUACUCCAUCGAGGAUCUGAAGCAGCUUAUCUAUGACCUCAAGUGCUCCAACCCUCGAUCCCGUGUCUCCGUCAAGCUCGUGUCUGAGGUUGGUGUUGGUAUCGUUGCCUCUGGUGUCGCUAAGGCCAAGGCGGACCACAUUUUGAUUUCCGGCCAUGACGGUGGCACUGGUGCCUCGCGUUGGACUGGUAUCAAGUAUGCUGGUCUUCCAUGGGAGUUGGGUCUCGCCGAGACUCACCAGACCCUUGUUCUGAACGAUCUCCGAGGCCGUGUCGUUGUCCAGACUGAUGGUCAAAUCCGUACCGGUCGUGACCUUGCUAUUGCCUGUCUGCUGGGAGCUGAGGAAUAUGGCUUUGCCACAACCCCGCUGAUCGCAAUGGGCUGUAUCAUGAUGAGGAAAUGUCACCUGAACACCUGCCCUGUCGGUAUCGCUACGCAGGACCCCGAACUCCGCAAGAAGUUCCAGGGUACCCCUGAGCACGUCAUCAACUUUUUCUACUAUGUCGCCAACGAGAUGCGUGCCAUCAUGGCUAAGCUGGGUAUCCGCUCGGUGAAUGAGAUGGUCGGUCGUGCUGAGCUCUUGAAGAUCCGGGAAGACCUUCGGAACGUCAAACAGGAGCGGGUGGACCUUUCGCUCAUUCUUACUCCUGCACACUCUCUUCGCCCUGGAGUCGCCACAUACAAUGUCAGGAAGCAGGACCACCGCCUGCACACUCGCCUUGAUAACAAACUGAUCGCCGAGUCUGAGCUUGCUCUAGAGAAGGGCCUGCCUUGCCGCAUCGAGUGUGACAUUGUCAACACUGACCGUGGUCUGGGUGCCACCCUUUCAUACCAAAUCAGCCGACGCUACGGCGACACUGGUUUGCCCCAAGACACCAUUCACGCCAACAUCAAGGGCUCCGCUGGCCAGUCCUUUGGUGCUUACCUCGCCCCAGGUGUGACCCUGGAGCUUGAAGGUGAUGCGAACGACUACGUCGGCAAGGGCUUGUCUGGUGGUCGCCUCAUUAUCUAUCCGCCCCGUGGCGCAGCCUUCAAGGCCGAAGAGAACGUGAUUAUUGGUAACACCUGUCUCUACGGUGCUACCCGUGGUGCUUGCUACUUCCGCGGUGUUGCGGCCGAGCGCUUUGCUGUCCGUAACUCCGGUGCGACUGCUGUCGUUGAGGGUGUGGGCGAUCAUGGUUGUGAGUACAUGACCGGUGGUCGUGUCCUUGUUUUGGGCUCUACCGGCCGCAACUUUGCUGCCGGUAUGUCUGGUGGUAUCGCCUAUGUGCUGGACAUGAAUCAAGACUUCCACUCGAAGGUCAAUCUGGAGAUGGUUGAGGUUUCCGGUAUCGAGGACCCCUCUGAAAUUGCCUUUGUCCGUGGCCUGAUUGAGGAUCACCACCACUACACUGGAUCUGAGCUGGCUGCCCGUAUUCUUCUCGACUUCACUCGUGCUCUUCCCCACCUCGUCAAGGUUCUGCCGACCGACUACAAGCGCGUGAUGGAGGAAGCGGCUGCCAAGGCAGAGGCUGCGAAAAAGGCGGAAUUUGCUCUCCCUCAGCUUCCCAGCAACCCCGUGAAUGCUGAUAAGACCAAGGCCCAGACCAGUGACAAGAAGGCCGACUUGCUGGAUAUCGAGGACAGCAUCAGCGACUCCAAGACCGAGAAGAAGCGGUCUGCGCUUAUUUUGGACAAGACUCGCGGCUUCAUGAAGUACAGCCGUCACAGCGAGAAGUACCGCAACCCGACUACCCGCACUCGCGACUGGGCCGAGAUUUCUAAUCGCCUCGGUGAGGACGAGCUCAAGUACCAGUCGGCACGUUGCAUGGACUGCGGUGUUCCUUUCUGUCAGUCUGACACGGGCUGUCCCAUCUCCAACAUCAUUCCUAAGUGGAAUGAAUUAAUUUUUAGAGGCCAAUGGCAGGAUGCUCUGAACCGCCUGCUCAUGACCAACAACUUCCCCGAGUUCACUGGUCGUGUUUGCCCGGCCCCCUGUGAGGGUGCCUGUGUUUUGGGUAUCAACGAGGACCCUGUUGGCAUCAAAUCGAUUGAGUGUGCCAUCAUUGACCGUGGAUUUGAGAUGGGCUGGAUGGUCCCCAGUCCUCCCAAGACUCGCACCGGCAAGAAGGUCGCUCUCAUUGGAUCUGGUCCUGCUGGUUUGGCCACUGCUGAUCAGCUGAACCGUGCUGGUCACAGUGUGACUGUCUACGAGCGUGCGGAUCGGAUCGGAGGCCUUCUCAUGUAUGGUAUUCCUAACAUGAAGCUUGACAAGAAGAUCGUCCAGCGUCGUGUCGACCUCAUGGCCGCCGAGGGUAUUCAAUUUGUUGCCAGCACCGCUGUUGGUCCUGAAAAUGAGAUCUCCCUGCAGUCCCUCCGUGCCACGAACGACGCGGUGGUUAUCGCCACUGGUGCUACUGUCGCGCGUGACCUCAAGGUUCCCGGACGUGAGCUGGAUGGUGUGCAUUUCGCCAUGCAGUUCUUGCACAAGAACACUAAGUCCCUGCUGGACUCCGGUUUCUCCGACGGCGAGUACAUUUCCGCCAGGGACAAGCAUGUUGUUGUCAUUGGCGGUGGUGAUACCGGCAACGACUGUAUCGGUACUUCGGUCCGCCACGGUGCCAAGUCCGUCACCAACUUUGAGCUGCUGCCCCAGCCUCCGCCAGAGCGUGCUCGUGACAACCCCUGGCCGCAGUGGCCCCGUAUCUACCGUGUCGACUACGGCCACUCCGAGGUCAAGACCCACAUGGGUAACGACCCGCGUGAGUACUGUGUUAUGUCGACCGAGUUUACGGAUGACGGCAACGGUCGCGUCAAGGGCAUCAACACCGUUCGUGUGGAAUGGACCAAGAGUGCUACUGGUGGUUGGGACAUGAAGACUGUGGAGGGUAGUGAGCAGUUCUUCCCUGCCGACCUAGUUCUUCUUUCCAUGGGAUUCCUGGGCCCCGAGGACCGCAUGCUGGGUGACGAAAUUGAGCGUGACCCUCGCAAGAAUGUCAAGACACCCCCGGGGCACUACGCAACCAACCUCCCCGGUGUCUAUGCGGCAGGUGACUGCCGUCGUGGACAGUCCCUCAUUGUCUGGGGUAUCAACGAAGGUCGUCAGUGCGCCCGUGAGGUCGAUGCCUUCCUCAGUGGCACCAGCUCCCAGCUGCCUGUCACUGGUGGCAUUGUCCGCCGCCCUGCUAUCGACUCCGUUCCUCAGGCGACUGAGACUCAGGUCAUUGCUUAA